AAAUAGCUUCAGCUGAAAUACAAACAAUUCCUAACAUGCAAAUUUUAAAACAAUACAAAAGUCCUAGCAAUGAAAAAGAUUCUUUGAUUAAGGACUUUAAGGAAAAUCUACAAAAUUUACUUAAAUCUAGUAAUAUUAGCGAUAUUAAAUUACAGCCACAAUUCAAUGAAGAAUAUGUGUCGACAGCAACUACAGCUACAAUUAAACGUGCAGCUAUAAUGUUACAACCACAAUCAACCACCAGUGCGGCAACAACACCUACAACGUCGACAACAAUGCCGCCACUUGAGUUUAUUUCACCUACUUCCGGUGCAUCAGCAGCAGGACCCGCAUCUACAACAGCAACAACUACCAACAAGGACUAUAAUAUAUUUUAUGCUCAUUCCACUCCCGUUGAACGUCGUCAUAUUAUACCCGAAAAACUGCAAUAUACUAGAGAGAUUUACAUCAAACAGGGUCGACUUAUGGGCAUUAAACGCAAUUUUCAACCAUCGUCUGGUUUACGUGCCGUCGAUCAAUAUCUUGGUUUACCUUAUGCUGAAGCUCCUGUGGGUAGUCGUCGCUUUAUGCCACCAGGUGCUGCCUUACCCUGGCAAGGAUUAAAGAUGGCUCAUCACCUACCACCCGUUUGUCCUCAAAAAUUACCGGAUAUCUCUUUACAGGGUACAGCUAAAAUGUCUAAAGGCCGUUAUAAACAUUUGACACGUUUGCUACCUUAUCUCAAAACGGAAAGUGAGGAUUGUUUGUAUUUGAAUGUGUAUGUGCCUAAUGGAAACGAUGCUACUGCAACUGAUGCGGGUGGAGGAGGAGGACCGGCAUUUGCUUAUGCCUCGGCUGCGGCAGCAAGUCGAGAUGAUAGUUUUAUGCAAAAACAUUUGUAUCCUGUUGUAGUCUACAUACAUGGAGAAUCCUUUGAAUGGAAUAGCGGAAAUGCCUACGAUGGCUCUGUACUGGCCAGCUACGGUGAAGUUAUAGUCGUUACAGUAAAUUAUCGUUUAGGAAUUUUUGGUUUCAUGAGACCCAGCAUUAAUGAGAAUACAGUUGCAAACUUUGGCUUACUAGAUCAAAUAGCUGCUUUACAUUGGAUAAAGGAAAAUAUACAUUCAUUUGGUGGCGACAAGGAUAGUGUCACAUUAAUGGGACAUACAACUGGUGCGGCCUGCAUAAACUAUCUUAUGGUGUCACCUGUAGCUUCAGGUUUAUUUCAUCGUGCAAUUUUGAUGUCCGGUUCUGCCAUGUCUGAUUGGGCUGCUACAAAUCAUUCACUACAGCUGACAAUGCAAAUUGCUCAUGGCCUUAAUUGUCCGCUUAACGAUGACAAUGAAGAAAUGUUAUCAUGCUUGCGCCAAAAACGAUAUCAAGAUAUUUUAAAAAUACGUACAACAUUGUCACAGUUUUCAACUUCAUUGGGUCCAAUUGUUGAUGGACAUGUCAUACCCAAUCAACCCUAUAAAGUAAUGGGACAAUACACAGAACAUUUUAGUCGUUAUGAUUUAUUAUUUGGUAUCACUGAAUCUGAAUCGUAUCAUUCGUUGGGUGCUUUAGCUUUGGAGGAAGGAUUACGUGAAAAUGAACGUGAUAAUUUAUUGCGUUUCUAUAUGCAAAGUCGUUUUGAUGUUCGUCCUGAUUUAGCAUUAGCGGCUACACUAAAAAAAUAUAGUGAAAUGUACAACAAUCCCAUUAAGGCUACAAACAUGGAACAUCGUGAUGUUGUUUUAGAUAUUUUAUCAGAUGCACGUGUCGUUGGACCACUAAUGCAGACAGGUUUAUUUCAUGCUGAUGUGAAUCGACAUAAUUAUAUGUAUGUUUUCGGACACAAUAGUUUUGGUGGACCACAUGCAAGCGUAAGUAUGCAGUGUUUUUGUUUUUCUUCUUUCGUAUAAACGUGUCAACUACAUAACUGUUCACUAUUAAGGUUAAUAGGUUUUCAAUUUUACUCCAAAACUUAUAGCAAAUAAUGUUUAGGGAAAAUUUGUUUAAAGGUGUGAGAGCAUUGAUAUCAAGCUGUUUCAAUUAAAUGAAUACUUAUUACAGCUUUUAGCAUACAUAAGUGUCAAGAGUGAUUAGGGAUAAAUGGGAUAUGAUUGUGUAGAUUUUUAAAGCAUUAAAGAAAGUAUAGUUACAGGGUAUUGAUCAUAUGAUUUUCCAUAAAGACAUAAAUUACUUUUGACCAAGAAGUCCAAUUAUAUAAUAUGAUUUUUGUUCAUAUUCAAGUUUAUUUUUUUGAACUUUAGCUUUGUACUAUAUUUAUAAAAAUUUUAUAUUUUUUUAUAAUAAAAACUGUAACUAAAUGAUUUAUUAAAUUUAUUAAAUCAAUAACCUUAACUUUUAUGUCUCAACUGCUCAUCUUAAAGACGUUACAGAUUUCAUCAAAGUUUAACUUAAAUUUCUUUUCAUUAUAAAGGGAGAGGGUGAGAAAUUGACAACCUGUAUUUAAUCAUGCUUAAAAACUCAGCAACAAAAGCAAACUAUUUGAAGAUGUAUUAAAUGUGAAAAUAAUAGCGCAUACAUGAGCAGCACACACAAAUAUUUGCAAUUAAAGAAUUUCUCCAACAGCUGAAAGUAUUUAUUGGUUGGAAUUUUAUAUUAUUUUGUCUUCGUUUUUGUGGAAAUUACGUAUUGGUCAAGCAGCCAUAAAACGUGACCUCUUAAAAUAGAAUUAAAGCAGAGUGACAGACAAGAACAAAUGUUACAUUUCUUUGAAAAUUUUACUCAAACUUUGUUUUUGGUAAAAAAAAAAUCUUUUUAUUACAUUUACUUUAAUUACAAGAUACGCAUGUUGGUGAAAACUACUGCAAAAAAGAACAAAAUCAAAUAUUGCUCAUACGCUUAGUUAGAGCUACACGUUGUGCAAAUUCAUCAAUUUGACAUAUUACUCAUACGCCCAGUGUUUCGUGGAAGGUAAUGAAAAAAACGAAAGCCUUCAUAAAAAAACUUUAUAAAUUAUGCAUCAUUAAUUUAUUUACAUGCUUUAUUUAGCAAAUUAUUAACACAGGCUUAUUAAGAAUUUCUCCCUUUUAAUUCUUAAUUUUAUAGCAUUUAUGUGUGUGCGUGUGUAUGUGUCAUUUAAUGUUCAUUUAUUUAUGUUUGUUAUUAUUUGUUUUAUUAUAUACAUAUUUUGUCAUAAGCUUUUAAUAUUCCUCAUAAUUAAAUUAAGCUGGUUUAUUUGCUGUUAAUCACCAGCACAUUCACAUUUUGCUUUUGGUUACCAGGUUAUUAACAUAUUUCCUUUUUCCUUUAAGCUAUUUUUUGUAAAAUAUAUAAAUAUUUAAAAUGCAAACAAUGUAUUUACAAAAUAUUUAAAAAGGUAUUCAACCAUAUGAAUUAUUUCGGGGUAUUGCCUUAUGGUAUUACUUUUAGUGACAUUGUGCUUUUUCUUUUAAAUUACAAUACACGUCGUAACAUGUCACCAUCUUGGG